GUCUACUCCGGGACAGUAAAAUUGUGAUAUUCAAACGGCGAAUCUUUAUUAGCUUGGAGACCAUUGACACACAGGUGGGAUAUACCCGUUUCUUAGGACGGCCCCUCUUUCAGUUCCUCAGAGCAGGAUAUGAGCUACUGACAUUUGUUAUUACCCUUUGGGACAGGAGGCGAACGGUUUAUGCUAACAGGUGUGAGAGCACACCAAUCUUCAUAGCCUGGAAUCCUUCCUCAUUGUUCGCAGGAAUAUCAAUUUAACUCAUAUAUUGAUCCCUUUCUACAUUUAACGGUUAAUUGAAACAUACAUCGAAUAAGAUAGUGUAUUAUUAGUGUUUAGAGAUAUUUUUGAGACCCGUCCUCCUAUUUAAAGGGACAUCAGAGAGAAACCAUGUCAACGAAAAAACCCAGCUUGAAUUUACCCAAAAUGAGCAGAAACCCGGUUGUGUUGGAAGGAGAGAUGUUCGGCGAAUUUCAGGACUGGUGUCUCCGUACUUACGGGGACUCGGGUAAAACAAAGACAGUCACCCGGCGAAAAUACAAUAAGAUUAUCCAGACCCUUUUACACACCGACGACUCGGAUGCCGUCUACAUCGAGAGCAACCACAUCAACGCCAAAUUCAAAUUCUGGGUGAAGUCCAAAGGGUUCCAGGUCGGGACCAUUCAAGGGGACCUGAACAAGAAUGGAGCCGCUGACAGACCUGUCCUGUACGUCCCCAUCAAGGCGACGUGUGUGGACGGGGGCUCUGGGUCAGAGUCCUCUCUGAAGAGGGUGGCAGUGGUGGAGGACUUCUUUGACAUCAUCUAUGCCAUGCAUGUAGAGAUCAGCGCCGACCCCGGCAAAACACCCAAACACGCCGGACAGAAGAAGACCUACAAAGCGAUUGCAGAGACGUAUGCCUUCCUGCCCAGGGAGGCAGUAACCCGUUUCCUGAUGAGCUGUGGUGAGUGUCAGAAGAGGAUGCACAUCAGCCCUGGCGGCGCAGAGUUCAAAGAGAAUGACAGACCGACAUCACUGGUGCCGGAUCUCAUCGACUACAACAUGCCGCUGACCACCACCUAUCUGAAGCAGAUGAAACUCCAGUGCAUGAGUACCAAUGAGCAGGAUGAGACAUCAGUGAGCAGUGAGGACUUUGACAUGAGCGACCCCACAUGGAUAUCAGCUGAUCACGGCCCUGCUUCAGACCUGAGUCCCCCGAACCGCAGAGAGAGAAUGCACAGCCCCCAGAACGCACACAUUAAGGAGGAGGACGACGACUCAUCCUCGGAGAGCGGCAGCGGGAACGGCAUGCACACCAUGACCCUUCCGUCUGCGGGCGGGGCAGCCCCGGGGUCUGAAGGGUGCGUGGGGGGAACCCCCUACAGGAAGGUGGUAAACGGUAACGGGCCCCCGGCCCCGCUUGACUUCAGCACCACCUCCUCGUCUUCAUCAUCCGAGGACCAACAGGCUCCAGUCAACCUGAGUGAAACCAGGCUACCUGGGUCUGCCCUGAUGGGCCCCUUCCAGCCCGACACCCCAGACGAGCUGCGCAGGAAGUACCCCGUCAAGCCUCUCCCCCAUGCCGCUGAGCUGCGCCUGGACAGAGACUCGAUCAGGGACUACGGCAACAAGUCUCCUCAGUACAGCUCAGGAAGCUACGACUCAUUGAAGAUGGAGACGUGUGCCGAGGACCUGACCGUGAGCAGAGGCGUAGCGGCGGCCGACGAUGAUGACGAUGAUGAUCACGACGACAGUGACAAGAUCAACGACACAGAGGGCAUGGACCCCGAGAGACUAAAGGCCUUCAACAUGUUUGUGCGUCUGUUUGUGGAUGAGAACCUGGACCGCAUGGUGCCCAUCUCAAAGCAGCCCAAGGAGAAGAUCCAGGCCAUCAUCGAGUCGUGCAGCCGCCAGUUCCCAGAGUUCGAGCUGCGUGCUCGCAAGCGCAUCCGCACCUACCUCAAAUCCUGCCGCCGCAUGAAGAAGAACGGCAUGGAGACACGACCCACCCCACCUCACCUCACCUCAGCCAUGGCUGAGAACAUCCUGGCAGCCGCCUGUGAGAGCGAGACACGCAAGGCUGCCAAGAGGCUGCGCCUGGAUGUCUACCAGGCACAUGAGGAGCAGAUAGCACUUGACAAGCCCAGUUCUCACGAGCCGGCCUCCCUGGCCCACUCUGCCUACUCCCUGGCCGCCUCAGCCUACUCCCAGGACCAGCUCUACAUCAAUGGUGGGCUCAACUACAGUUACCGUGGUUACGGGGGCUUGGGAGCAAGCAUGCAACACCCUGUCUCCUUGACAACCGCCACUGCUCAGAGCAACGGCCCUACUGACCUCAGCAUGAAGUCCCUGGUGUCCAACUCGUCAUCGGCCAGCUCCAACAGCCACGGGCGGAGCGGUGGCGGCGGAGGGAGUGGGGCCUCGGCACAGCUCAGCCCCACGGAGAUCACAGCCGUGCGGCAGCUCAUCGCCGGCUACCGCGAGUCAGCUGCCUUCCUGCUCCGCUCGGCCGACGAGCUGGAGACCCUGAUCCUGCAGCAGAACUGAGAUGAAAACCCCACCUCCCCCCGACUCACUCCUUCUCCCUCUCUCACUCCGACUCUCCCACACGACCCCUAACUAACCGACCAACCACUAUCCCACUCACCAAAUCCAUCUGUCCGUGAUUCGUCCUCCUCCACCAACCUUUACAUUCUCUCCAUCGCCAGGAAAGAAGGCAUGCAACAGUGCUACCUUCCUCUAGUCUAAUAGUCCAAACCCCCUUGAUUGUUUUGGCAUUAGUGCGUGGAGGGAAAGAGCACUGUCUGUGACCACUUUGGAACAGUGUUUCUCCCUCUCUUGAACCACCUGUAAAGGAACACGCUCCCUCCCAAUCAUAACAGCCCUCCAUCACUCCCACAGCUUUGUGGGAAGAAGAGGGAUGACACAGAGAGUCCCAGACAGCCGGAAAUUAGUCUACCUAGUGUGGGGGAGAGAUUGGUGGGGCUGGUGCACUGGGGAACACUGCAGGGUUGUGCUGUAAUGAGAGAAGAGCGCCCCCUUGUGUAUGAAGAAAAUAAGUGGUCCUUUUUGUGUGCCAGGAAGCUCUAUGUGCUGCAGGACACAGAUCCCCUCACCAACCUCGCCAUCCCCAAUAACAAUGAAAGUACUCCCUGAUUAGUACAAAAAAAUUGUUUGUUGAUGACAAAUACUUUGAUUUGAAUUUGUUUUGUUUUGUUUUUUCAAAGCCUGUAGAAUAUUUACGUUUCUUUUGGCUCCAUUCCGAGCUACUGAAAAGGGGUGUUGACUGAUCUAAAAAGAGAGCACUAACUCUAAGACACUUUGAACCACUUUGUUAAGGAACAGAGGCUAAAGAAGAAGACUGGGGAAAAAAAAGAAAAAAAGAGACGCUCGCUGUAAAUAAGCUGUCUGUGUCCUAAAGCACUUUCCCCUGAUUCAGACCUCACCUCCCCUUGAGGAAUAAAGACCUUGAUGUCCUGGGAGCAACACUUUAACUUAUGCAUUAUGGAGACGCCAUCUUUUCCACAUGGAAAUACCUCAGAUCUACCAACCAACCGUUCUAGUACUUCAUUCAUACUGGGUGGCGCCAUCACACAACGCUCACCAGUACCUGAUGUGUUCAGUGUUUUCAAAGACCUGCAGGAAGCAAAGUCUUAACCAUUUCAAGAAGAUUCCAGAAUAAAUAUUGUAACUAUAGUUCAAAUUUGAUCCCAAACAAAGUAUUGUUUGUCCCGUUAUUUGUGUACUGUAUAUAUUCAGUCCAUAUUUGAUUCUAGAAGCAUCAGUAAAGUGAAGGACUGGGGGCAAGGAAGUAUGUUCUGUGGGAGACUGAACCUCUCCGAAGAUGGCUGGAGAUUUUUUCCAGAGGCCUACAUGUUUUCCACCCCCUGAUGGCUCGUUGCUCCCCCAUCAAUUCCAGGUUUUGGUUUGUCCGACCUGGUUGUCAACACUCAUCACUCGAUGAUACCGUCUCUUUCUGGGUCUGGUUCUGCAUUCCUCUCUCUAACCUACCCCACUCCUCCGGACCUAUACCCCCCCCCCCCAACCUUACCUGAGCUCCGUCCAGCUUGGUUCUGGGAGGAAUUCUGUAUUUCUUUGUCUAUUGACUCUUUGAGAUGGCCAUUAAUCCACGCUGCUGCUAUAUGGACCGGACCUUUGCCACAGACCUAUAACCUCAAGUCAGGACGCCAGCCUCCUGCACAACCAGAGCACCUCAAGACAACAACACAAACAAAAAUAAGCAAGAACUACUGAAGACGGAUAAGAGACAAAAAUCUAAUAUUUGAAAACGACAUGCCAUCUGAGUCAGUUGCUUCUCUCUGCUACUAGGCACUCUGGUUGAUAUUUUUGUUCUUUCAUAAGGCUGUGUUGUUUUUACAUUAACUUUUUUCUUUUUAGUUUUCUUCAUGAGUAUGAACCUCUGGAGGCAUAUAAUAAGGAUCAAUGUGCUCCUCUUGCAGCCAUUCACAAGGGUGAUCUGGGCCUAUCUAUCUUACUGUACAAUGUGCGGUCAAAGUCUGGGAGGUUUGUACCUUUUUAGAAUGGGAGAAAUAAAAUACUAAAUGUUUCUUCAA